AUGCUGUCACAAAAACAACAAGAACCACAGAAAGUCUCCUCAUCUUCCGACUCGGCGAGCCAGACGGGGAGAAAGCGACAACACAAAGCGAACGACGUCAAUGGACAGAUGUAUACUCAUAUGAGUUCAGCCAAGACAUAUCUGUUAAUUAGCAAUGCCAUUGCCCUACCCGUUGACUUGCCCAAAUGUAAUUGUAUACCCGUGAAAGAGUGCGAACCAAUCGCAUACUUGCUCUUGAAUCACAGGCCGCAGGAAGCAGACAUAAUCUACAAAAUUGUGCAGAGUGCCGGUUGUGGUUAUGCCGGUCUUGAGCCGCUUGUCUGCUGCCCCGCCACUUAUGCUAACCACAAAGCAACGACGCGCGUGCAUGCAACAGAAAUCGAUACAUUCGGGAGAACAGAUCCCGACGCAUGGGUGUGGGACAGUGCCCAAUUGCCCACACGCUUUGAUACAUUCACAGAAAAGUUGAUGACAGCCAGCUCAAUGGAUAGCAGAUCAACCAAAGGCAGACCAAAAAAUUUUUACGAAGAAACGGAUAUAUUUGAUUUUAAGGAUCCAAAGACGCAACGAAAUUUUCCACAUUCUUUCAAUGAAGAAUCUGUUGAAUUCCAUAAAAAUUAUGAAGAUAAUGCACAGCGCGAUUGUGGUAAGGAUAGGCAAAAACAGUUCAAGCCUAUAACGGAUGUGCAAUGGCAUCCCAUUGGCGGGCAUAAAUCGUUUUCGCAUCACCAGCGCGAUCAAGGACACGGACAUGUUAGCAUACACGAUUAUGACCAUUUUGAUGAAGAUGAAUAUCCUCGCAUAAUUUUUAGACCUUUAAAUGAUGGCGCUAUUGUAUAUCCAGACGAUAGACGUUUAAAUCGCCCACUAAAGUUUCCGAUGCAGCGACCGACGUCGACAACGACAACGACCACAAGCACGACAACUACUACAACAACAACGAGCUCAACAACAAAGAAGCCGUCCGUCAAACCAACGGAACAGUCCAAAGUCAACACAGCGCGUUGUGGCAUACCGGCAGUCGACGCUGCAAGUGGUGAACGCGUAUAUCCAUGGAUAUCACGAAUAGCUUAUAUUAACAAAACAAAUAAUUUUAUUAGCUAUCGUUGUUCUGGUUCCGUUGUAAGUCAAUCGCACAUCCUGACAGCGGCACACUGCGUCGUUAACCUAGUGAACGAUCUGCGACUCUCUCACGUGCGCAUCGGUGGUGUGGCACUUUCCACUAAUUGCACGGCCAGCACUAAUUUUAGCAACUGCUUCAUCGCUUCACGCACUUUUCAAAUCGCCGAAGUGCGCGUGCAUCCCAGCUAUGAUCAACCUAAGUACGCCAAUGAUAUUGCAUUGGUAAAAAUCGUCGGCGAAGCGAAUGACUACACACCAAUUUGCUUACCUCCAAAUCUGUCUGCUUCUGUACGAGAUCAGCUUAUAGGCAGCCCGGGAAUUGCACUCGGUUGGACAGCGGAUAUUGAAGGCAAUGAUACAAGUAGCCCAAGAGUACGUUACCUCAGCUUACCAAUAGUGAAUACAACUGAGUGCGCUAUCACCUAUGCGACAUUCAGUGAGAACUUCAAUGAUCCUAUAGUGAUUACACCAUCACAGUUAUGUGCGCAGGGUGGGCCAAUGAAUGAUGUCUGCCGAGGUGACAGUGGUGGCCCGUUUAUGGAUGAGGGCUCUUCCGGUCUAAUAAAUUCAAGUGGGCGUCACUCUUUAUUGGGUAUUGUAGCUUUUGGACCAACUAAAUGUGGAAUGUCUAAUAUACCUGGAGUUUACACGCGCGUCAGUUCCUAUUUGGGAUGGAUUAUAGAAAGUAUCAGCUUAAGUUAGCGUUAAUUUAAAUAUAAGCCCCAAAUAUCAUAUAUGUAUGUACUUGUACAAUAUUUUUACUCUUAAGAAUUAUCAUUCAAUGUUAAGAACUAAUUAGAUAUUUAUUUUAGAAUUAGCAUAUAUUUUUUUUUUUGUUAAAUGAUUAUUUGUUGUCCAUCAUAUUAUUCGUUUCCUACAUUGCUGUUGCAAGGCCGUAGCCAAUUAGAGUACAUAGUAGACCAGUUGUAAAUCUGAAGCUGUCUUCUGGAGGGUAACCAGUUCCAUAGAUCUUUUGUAGUUGGAACUUUCCAAAAGUUCUUUCGCCUGUCUUAGCACAGGCCAUGAUGGUAGGAGGACCGACUGCGAGAUAGGAUUAUGGUUGGGUAGCUGCUGCUUCCCUUGCUAGUCUGUUGACCUCUUCGUUGCCCUCUACGCCUUUGUGGCCCGGGAUCUACAACAGUUGUGAUGUGUUGUGCUCCUCCAGGAAGUCAGUUUUUUUUAACCACAUCGUCUCUGGGAGAUAGGAACAUUGAUUUUGAUUUCCUAUCCCAGCCUGUUCGGAAUUACCUUAACCUUGCCCUCUCUCAUAAGGUUGAGUAGGGAUUUCUUAGCAGUCUACGAAUAUGUGGGCAGCGGCGGGGCAAGUGCG